GUACAAAAACGACCCAAAAUGUCAGAUAUGAGCGAUGAAAUGUUGAGUGAUGAGGAGUCAGCUGAGAUGUAUCGUCAAGAAUUUGGUGAAGGCGAACAUGAACUUAUGUUCGAGCGACUUAUCGAUGGACCUCAUGAGGAGCAGCUGGAUAAGGAUCGUGAUGAAACGUUGGAAAAUAUGGCGGAGACCAGAGCUAUACGACAGAUUUCGCGGGGUCUUCCUACUGUGAAGAAAUUGACCAUCAAGAAUUUUCGAAGGAAAAACGACGACGUAGCAGAUUUAAUGACGACAGGAUGGAUUUCGUUGGAGGGUAGCAUAAAUGCCAUACAAAAGAAACAGCAUAUUACUAUCAGUCUGGAACAGUUAUACAAGGUAGUAGAAUCACUAUGUGAAAAUAAAAUGGCGAGAACAACGUACGACAAAUUGCUUGAGAAUGUUAGAAAAUGGAUUCGAGGGUUUAGGAGUGAUCUGAGCGAGAAAAGUAGUGCAGGAGGAGUGGAAUUCAUGAAAGCAGUAGAGACUCUAUGGAGUGAUUAUUGCCAACAGAUGUUAGCUCAAUUACAGAUCCUUAUACGCAACGUGUUUUUGUAUCUUGAUAGGACUUCCAUCCGACAGUGUUCUAGGGAGUCGUCAUUGGUGAUUUUCCGUGAGGAAAUUGUGACAUACGGAUGUGUGCUCAAGAAACUAGUAGAUGGGAUUUUAGAGUGCAUAGCUGAAGAAAGAGCGGGAGAUCAGGUUGAUCGAUCACUUCUUCGGGCUUUAUUGCGCAUGCUACGAACUCUUGAUCUAUAUAAGCAAUCGUUUGAAGAAGAGUUUCUAACUAACACGACAACACAUUAUACUCAUGAGAGUAUGUCAUUGGUGCGCACACUUGAGACUGCCGAAUUUUUACUGUAUAUCGAGCGAAGGUUAAAAGAAGAAAACGAAAGAGUUGACUUUUACUUGGAUGAAAGUACAAGGGCACCUUUGUUAACAAGAGCCGAAAAAUGCAUGAUCAGUGAUCACAUGCAAGACGUCGUCGAUAAUGGUCUUGCAACGUUAUUGACCGAUAAUCGUGUGCAAGACGUUACGAGGCUGUACUUACUUUUAAGUAGAGUUGAAGGAGGAGUUCCCCUGCUCAAAACAGGAUUUUCUUCAUAUAUUAAGAGAGUUGGUAAAGCAAUGAUCAUGGAUCCGCAACAUGAUCCAACCAUGGUAGAGGAUCUAAUGACCUUUAAGGAUAAACUUGACGUCUUUGUGGAUACAUGCUUUGGCACUGAGGAGGAGAGAAUGAAGUUCGCUCAAGCCGAAAAGGAUGCUUUCGACUACUUCAUCAAUACGCGGGGUAACAAACCUGCUGAAUUGAUUGCCAAAUUUAUGGAUGCGAGACUGCGUAGUGCUAAUAAAGAGGCAUCCGAUGAGCAGCUGGAUCAGCUUAUGAACAAAGUGAUAACCCUCUUUCGAUUUAUCCAAGUGCGCAAGGAUUUGUAUUUAGGAAAAGACGUUUUUGAAGUAUUCUACAAGAAAGAUCUGGCAAAACGGCUACUUCUUGGUAGAAGUGCGUCUGUGGAUGCUGAGAAGAUCAUGCUCAGCAAAUUGAGGCAGGAGUGUGGUGCUGGCUUUACUCAAAAAUUGGAGGGUAUGUUCAAGGAUAUGGAGUUGUCGAAAGAUCUAGGUGUGGCUUUCAGAAAUUACUGCAUACACGAGACCUCGUUGGGACGACUUGGUGAGAUUGUAGAGUGUAACGUCAACGUUCUUACUAUGGGACAGUGGCCAGCUUACGAGACUGUGCAGGUUACCUUGCCGAAACAACUAAACGCUUGUUUACAACUGUAUGAGAAGUUCUAUGACUCGCGGCAUACGGGUCGCAAGCUUCAGUGGCAACCUCGUCUUGGGCAAUGUGUUCUCAAAGCAAAUUUCCGACCUGGGUGCGAUAAAGAGUUAAAAGUAUCAUUAUUCCAAGCGAUAGUUCUGCUUUUGUUCAACAACCAACCAUCUUGGACAGCUGCUGAUAUCAUGAUGGCUACCAAAUUAGAACAUAAAGAAUUCGUUCGUACCAUGGUCUCUCUGUCAUGCGCCAAAGUUCGUGUUUUACAUAAAAUGCCAAUGAAUAAAGAGAUCAAUGAUAACGAUGUGUUCACGGUCAACACGGAUAUGAAAGAAAUGCGCUUCCGCAUUCGUAUCUCUGAAGUACAGAUAAAGGAGACGGAAGAGGAGUACAAAGCAGUAGAAGAAGAGGUUAAUCAAGAUCGACAAUACCAGAUCGAUGCAGCAAUUGUACGCGUAAUGAAGACGCGUAAAAAGCUCAAUCAUCAACUGCUGAUCUCAGAGUUAUUUGCACAACUUAGAUUCCCGGUUCGCGCAGCAGAUUUGAAGAAACGAAUAGGCUCGCUCAUGGAAAGAGAUUAUUUACGGAGAUGUGAAGAAGAUCCAAAUGCGUAUCAAUACAUGUCAGCUGGAGUUAGCCCUGUCUUAAAUUCUGCUGUUCGGCGGUAUCUGUUGUGGAUAAGCUAUGAUGGCUCACGAUUUCCAGAAAUGGCUAGCGGCGGUACAGGCUUUGGUGUAGUUGAUAUGUUAUAUCAGACAAUCUCUGAGUCAUUGUUUGGAGCAAGACCUAACAGCAAUCCUCUGCACGACUCCCUGAAACUUUCGCCUAGUAGCAGAACAGAUGCCGGUGUACAUGCGCUGAGAAAUGCUCUAAUUUGUCAAGUUCCUUUGGAGUUAGCAACUCUCGAUGCCACAAUUGAGAAUAAGAACUCAUGCUUAAGGAAAUGGAACAGGACCAUUGAUAUGUUUGCUCCUGGUGCGAUGAAGGUAAAUGACCUACAUAGCGUUUCAGCGGGAUUUUGUGUUAGAAGACAUGUUGCUUACAGGAAGUAUACUUAUCGGUUAGCUGUGAUACGGGACUGGGGUUUAUGGGAGUCAGUGCAGGAACAUCCCUCUACAGCUUGCUUUUCGGAAAAGGAUUACGCCUGGCGACUUCCUCCUGGCUUUUCUCCUGAAAAAGCGUCUGACGCAUGCAAACUCUUCAUAGGAGAGCAUGUGAUGGGCUCAUUCUACAAGCAUACUGCUCGAGAAAAACGUAGAGAAUUGCAUUCACCUAGCGCUGUCAGAAAUAUCCUCCUCUGUCAACUUUCCAGAGGUGGGCUUUGUUAGUC